GCAUUGUAUAAUACAUUGGGACGUGGUUCCUUUCUUGAACAUGAUUUUUAAUAUUCUUCGUUUCUCUCAAAGGCCUGCUUGCCGAAAUGUCUGGAAACAAGUCCGAUCGUUCGCUCAGCCCGGCCGCCAUGAGCGAAGAAAGCCGUCGAGAUCUCCUAGCUCGCCAGCAUAGGGCUUUGUACGGAAACGAAAGCCCCGCCUUCUUCCCACCCGGCAGCUUCGCGGAUGACAACUCACGGCCGGAGAGCCAGGGUGGCGGCACCCCAACAUCUACCACCGGUGCCCGUGGCCCAUCUCCGCGCGGCGUUGAUCCUUUCAGCAUGGCACAAACUCCGGUCCAAGGUAGCACCGAUGGCAUCGCUCAGACCGGUGCAUCUCUCCAAUCCCCCUCCCGCGCCAACAGUACAUCCUCUCCAAGCUCGGGCAUCAACCCUGUCUUCGGCAAGUACGACAACGCUGAGCAGCCAGUGACCUCGGCUUCCUCCCCCGGGAGAGCUGACUCGCCUUCCGCGAGACAGGCACCAUCGAAGUCAGCUGCCGGCCCAAUCGGUUCCGUGGGCCCCAUUGGCUCUCGUCCAGCCCAGCCAGCGGGUCCUAUUCACGCUGCCAACCCGGCCCUGAACAAGCGCUCAACGACCCCUCUGCCGUCUCCCCUUGGAUUCGGCUUCACUCACAGUGACGCAGGUGCAACCAAUGAUCGUUCGGCCUCAUCGGCCUCCAACCCCUCUACCUCUGCUUCUGCGGGGACUCCCGGGAUGAAAGAGGCCAGUGGUGGUGUGGGACUCGGCUGGGGCAAUGGCAGCGGCGUUUGGGGAUCGAAGAAUGGAUUGGGCGUUCAAGCCUCCGUCUGGGGUUGAUAUACGAAACACUAUUCGGCCGCGAUUGACGCUUACUUCAUCAUUCGAUAUGCGUUCGCUUCUACGCCGUGGCGUUAUGAGAGAGGGUUCUAUUUAUGAUUAAAAUCUUGGGAAAGAGCAUGGUACAUGUAUGGGAGAAGUGGUGCAAGAAUACGUUGUUUAGCG